AUGAUCGAUGCACGCCUCAACUUCAAAUACCAAGUUGAGCAUGGAAGCACUAAAGCAGCAGCUGUCAGAGGGGCAUUAUCCCGUCUCAUGCCAAACGAAGGUGGGCCAAAACCGAGACGACGAGCCCUGCUAGCGUCAGUAGUUACAUCGAUACUGACCUAUGGCAUUGCCAUCUGGGCAAGUGUACUAGAACUGCAGGAGUGCCAGAGGAUGAUACAUAUAAAGAGCCACAAUGAAAGCAAUGUCCAGAAGAGACUGGCGGCGCGGCGCCGGGCUGACCUGCACGCGGCGGAUCACAUUGUAGAGCGCAUGGUUGCACUGAGAGUGUUCAGUGGAUAUAGGACGAUAUCCACAGAGGCGGCUUUCGUCAUUGCAGGAGUACCUGCAAUUGUAUUGUUAGCUAGAGAGAGGACAGAAGUUUAUAAUGGGAUGAGAAAAGAGGAGGCCAGAACACAACUCAAGAGACAAUGGUAG